UGUUUGUAUGCAUUUUUUCGAUUUAUUCCAAGUUGUUUUAAUAACUUUUGUUAAAAAUAUAAACAACAAUGGUACAUGCGUGUGUUAGUUGCAAAAAAGUGGAUUAUUUAAAUCUAAAUUUGUCUUUUCAUCAAUGGCCUGCGACUGUCCGCUAACCCAGCCAGGCCCCACGUUGGCCUCCACCUGCGGCGGCGCCCCGUUCAUGCUCUUCAUGGGGCUGCUCGAGGUCUUCCUGCGCUCCCAAUGCGACAUCGAAGACCCCUGCAACAGGCCCCGCAGGCCCCAGCUCUUCCGCGACUACGAUUUCGUCGUGGUGGGGGCCGGCAGCGCCGGCGCCGUCGUCGCCAGCCGCCUCUCCGAGAUCCCCGAAUGGAGGGUACUGCUCGUCGAAGCCGGUCACGAUGAACCCACCGGGACGCAAGUACCCUCGAUGUUCCUGAAUUUCUUCGGUACCGACAUCGAUUGGGGGUACCAGACGGAGCCCGAAACCCAGGCCUGCUUGGGCGAAACCGACCGAAGAUGCUACUGGCCCAGGGGAAAGGUCCUGGGCGGUACUUCGACGAUGAACGGCAUGAUGUACAUGCGAGGAUCGCGCAAGGACUACGACGAUUGGGCGUCGAUGGGCAACGAGGGCUGGAGCUACAACGAGGUCCUGCAGCACUUCCUCAAGAGCGAGGAUAACCAGCAGAUGGAUCAAGUCGACGUCGGGUACCACUCCACCGGCGGUUUAUUGACCGUCUCCCAGUUUCCCUACCACCCGCCUCUAUCGAAAUCCAUACUGAAGGCUGCUCAGGAGCUCGGUUAUCCGAUAAGGGAUCUAAACGGUAGGUACCACACUGGGUUCAAUAUAGCGCAGACUACCAACAGAAACGGGUCUAGAUUGAGUACAGCUAAAGCUUUCCUGAGGCCUUUCACGCGCAGGAACAACCUGCAUGUUUUACUGAACGCCACCGUUUCGAAGGUACUCAUCAACGCUUCCACCAAGGAGGCGUACGGGGUGGAAGUGUUGCAGGAUGGUAAGAGAACCAGCGUGUACGCCACCAAAGAGGUGAUCGUAUCAGGAGGAGCCGUAAACUCUCCGCAAAUUCUUCUUCUAUCCGGCGUGGGUCCCGAAGAGGAGCUGAAGAAAGCCGGAGUACCGCUGGUGCACGAUCUGCCCGGCGUCGGGAGGAACCUCCACAACCACGUGGCCCACAGUAUUAACUUCUUCAUCAACGACACCAAUACAGCCACAUUGAACUGGGCCACUGCCAUGGAGUACCUGCUCUUUAGAGACGGGCUAAUGAGCGGAACUGGUAUAUCGGAGGUGACGGGUUUCGUUAACACCAAGUACCAAGACCCUGCGGAGGAGCACCCGGACAUCCAGUUCAUCUUCGGCGGGUUCCUGGCGAAUUGCGCUCGAACCGGGCAAGUGGGGGAGAAGAUCGAUAACAAUUCCAGAUCGAUCCAAAUCAUCCCAACGCUGUUGCACCCUAAAAGCAGAGGCUACCUCACUCUAAAAGACUCCAAUCCUUUGAGUCACCCAUUGAUAUACGCCAAUUACUUUACUCACCCCGAGGACAUCAAAGUGCUAGUGGAAGGGAUCAAGGUGGCGUUGAGAUUAGCCGAAACCAAAGCUUUGAGGAAAUACGGAAUCCAGUUGGAUAGGACUCCUACAGGGGGUUGUGAGAAGCUCUCCUUCGGAUCGGAUAAGUAUUGGGAGUGUUCGGUGAAGCGACGGACUGCGCCCGAGAACCACCAAUGUGGCUCCUGCAAAAUGGGCCCCCCGACCGAUCCCAUGGCUGUGGUGAAUCCCUCCUUGCAGGUUCACGGGGUUGAUAGACUUCGGGUGAUCGAUGCUAGCGUGAUGCCCAAAGUGACUUCGGGUAAUACAAAUGCCCCUUGUAUUAUGAUCGGCGAAAAGGGGGCCGAUUUGAUCAAAUCCAGAUGGUUGACGGCGGAAUCUGGAUACUAUUAUUCCAAUAUACCGAGCCAGAGGAUAGACAGGACCAGGGGGUCGUGGUAGAUGUUUUGUAGAUGUUUAAGUAAUUU